UGACUUCUGACUCUUGUACUGGCUAGUCCUACACCAAAUAGACCCAAGUGUCAGUUGGAGGCUUCCAGGACCUCUUCUUUUUAUUUCCAGCCCCCCAAUCCACAUUUCCAAAUGUCUCUGUAGCAAAGUGAAGUUCCACACGGAGAAGAGGACAAAGAUACUCAGAGAGAAAAAGUAAAGGACCGGAGAAGGAGACUGGAGAGACCAGGAUCCUUCCAGCUGAACAAAAUCAGCCACCAAGCAGACUAGUCAGCCGGCUACCAUUGGAGUCAGAGUCCCAAAGACAUGGGCUUGUUAGAGUGCUGUGCAAGAUGUCUGGUAGGAGCCCCCUUUGCUUCCCUGGUUGCCACUGGAUUGUGUUUCUUUGGGGUGGCCCUGUUCUGUGGCUGUGGACAUGAAGCACUCACUGGCACAGAAAAGCUAAUUGAGACCUACUUCUCCAAAAAUUACCAGGAUUAUGAGUAUCUCAUCAAUGUGAUCCAUGCCUUCCAGUAUGUCAUCUAUGGAACUGCCUCUUUCUUCUUCCUUUAUGGGGCCCUCCUGCUGGCUGAGGGCUUCUACACCACCGGCGCAGUCAGGCAGAUCUUUGGCGACUACAAGACUACCAUCUGCGGCAAGGGCCUGAGUGCAACGGUAACAGGGGGCCAGAAGGGGAGGGGUUCCAGAGGCCAACAUCAAGCUCAUUCUUUGGAGCGGGUGUGUCAUUGUUUGGGAAAAUGGCUAGGACAUCCCGACAAGUUUGUGGGCAUCACCUAUGCCCUGACUGUUGUAUGGCUUCUGGUAUUUGCCUGCUCUGCUGUGCCUGUGUACAUUUACUUCAACACCUGGACUACCUGCCAAUCUAUUGCCUCUCCCAGCAAGACUUCUGCCAGCAUAGGCAGUCUCUGUGCUGAUGCUAGAAUGUAUGGUGUUCUCCCAUGGAAUGCUUUUCCUGGCAAGGUGUGUGGCUCCAACCUUCUGUCCAUCUGCAAAACAGCUGAGUUCCAAAUGACUUUCCACCUGUUUAUUGCUGCAUUUGUUGGGGCUGCAGCCACACUGGUUUCCCUGCUCACCUUCAUGAUUGCCGCCACUUACAACUUUGCUGUCCUCAAACUCAUGGGCCGAGGCACCAAGUUCUGAUCUCCUAUAGAAACGUCCCUUUCUCUAACAGCGAGGCUCUAACCACACAGCCUACACUGCUGCGUCUCCCAUCUUAACUCAUUGCCUUUGCCACUGACUGGCCCUCUUCUUACUUGACGAGUGUAACAAGAAAGGAGAGGCUUGCGAUGAUUAAUGUCUCUCUAUGGACUCUCCCCUCUUCUGUACCUCUUUUAGUCAUUUUGCUUCACAGCUGGUUCCUGCUGGAAAUGGGAAAUGCCUAAGAAGAUGACUCCCCAACUGCAAGUCACACAGAAAUGGAGGCUUUAAUUGAAUUUUCAAGCAUCUCCUGAGAACCAGGCAAUACUUUCUUCUCACAGGGCACUUCCACUGAUGGAAAACUAAGUGGAGAGGAAGAUGCUCACGUAGAGAGAAGGAAAUUACUUGGUCCACUUGCCAUUUAGAGGGGCCAAAUUUAUUCCUUCUUGAUGUACAAAACAGAGAACUCGCUCCUGUCUCCCUGUUACUACUGAAGGAUGGAAGAAAAAAGAAUGCCAGCAAAACACUAAGAGCAUUUGCCCAAAUCCGCCUAUUACAGCUGGGAGAAGGGAAUCAAAGCAAGGAUCUUUCACUCACAGAAAGAGAGCACUGAUCCCUGAUGGUGAUAGACUAUUUAAGCCCUAACUCAGUCAACCUUACUUAUAGCAUAAGAGAGCAUAGUAUCUGUGUAGACAAAGGGGGCACCUGGCCUUACAGCUUGUUAAGAGAAGAAAAUGAGGUUGUUGUCAGUAUCUUCUCACUCCCUUUUCCUUUAUAACAGCUACCAUGACAACCUUGUGGUUUCCAAGGAGCUGAAAAUAGAUGGAAACUAGCUUACAUGGAAAAGACUGGUCUAAGGAGCAACAGUUGCUGGUGGCUAACAGUGUAAUCCAAGAGGGCCCUCUGGUAGACACAGGAUAGAUAACUCUUUGGAUAGUAUGGCAUUUGUUUUUCCAGUUAACUAGUGUGUACUUUGGCCUCUGUUAAAUCUUCACAAUGGUGCUCUUUUCAUGGGGUAUUAUCAAUUCUGUCAUUGUAGGUGAUUUGCAGAUCUGAUUUGUUUCAGAAUGGUGUACAUUUCACAUUUCCUAAUUUGUUUGUCACUUACAACACGUUUGCAGUUGUACCAGAAAGGUCUGGAGAAAGAGUCUUUGGUUAGGAUUCUUAAAAAAAAAUGAAAAUUGGACAUUAAGCAUCAUGAAAGAUAUUUGAAAUUGACUAGUUCUAUACAUCUAUUGGAAUUUUCUACAACUAAUUCUGUCCUCCGCAGAAAUAGAUUUGGUGAGCCACAAUUUGAAUAACCUAUUUGGCCAUUCUAGCUAGCUGAAGAUGAUUUGAUUUAGUAAUUUUAUCUUGUGUGUUAAAGAGUCAGGUUUAACACAAAGGUUAUUUUCUCUUGGUAUAGAUUACAUACAGAAUACACCAGCCACCAGCUAUUUAUAACUGGUAAGCUUCCAUGGAAAAGGACAGGCAGAAAGAGUUUGAAACCUGAAUAGCUUCCAGAUUUCAGUCUUUUUUUCCUGUUUCAAACUUUAGAUUUUAAAAAGUCUGAGUAGUCUUUAUCUAAGGAAAUAUUUUAAGGGUAUGACUGUCACUCUUUUGUUAUAAAAAGUUGUUUUUUUUUUUAUUCCCUAAAGUGGUUUCAUCAAUAUUUAAGGGGAUCGAAGAUCUUUGCAAAAAGACACUUGGCAUUUUUUUUCAGACCCAUAUACAAGAUAGGCUUCCAGGCUGCAUAGAGGGAGGAGAAAGAAAAGAUUCUGUAAGAAACCAAUCAAGAUCAAGGAAAGUGAAGUAAUUCAUGCCUUGUGUUUUGUUUUGAUUUAAUAACUUAACAAAUAACCAACCAUUCCUUGAAAACUUUACAUGUAUACAUACACACAUAUACAGAUACAGAGAGUUAAUCAACUGAAAGUGUUUCCUUCAUUUCUGAUAAAGAAUUUCAAUUUUAACACACGUAAAUAUAAACUUUUAGAAGCCUGUCUUACAAAAUGUAUUUUAUAAAAUUAAAGAAAAUAAAAUUAAGAAUGUUCUCAA